AUGCGAAUUAAAGAGGUGAAGAUUGAGAACGGAGACCGAAAGCUCAUCGCGGCUCAGAAGAAAAAGAAAGUAUUGAAAGCGGGAAAGCUAAAGAGGAAAGAGUUCCGCAAGCUGGUCUUGUACAUUAAGAACGCGGCGGGGUGCCCGUGUCCUCAGCUGGACAAUCUGAGCGGAAGCUUCCUUAUCAUGGGCCGGAAGGUGGACAAUAAGCUUCUACUUACCGCCAUCUACAAGUGGGACAAGAAAGCAAAGACAUGA